GCCAGGUUUUCCCUUUUUUUUUUUUUGGCCUUUUUUUCUUUGUUUCCCCAAGUAGUUCCAUUUCUCUGUGUGUCACGCUGGAGCCUGCAGUGAUCAUUGAAAUGAAAGCCAACGAAGCAACGAGCUCGGGCGGUGGUGGUGACGAUAAUGGUGCCAAUUCCGAUCCGUCCUCCGGUGCCAGAAAGCAUUCCAAAAGACCUAAAUAUUCGAAGUUCACGCAGCAAGAGCUUCCUGCUUGCAAACCAAUUCUGACUCCAGGAUGGGUCAUUUCCACAUUUAUCCUUAUUGGCUGUCUUUUCAUCCCUAUUGGCCUUGUCUCCUUGUUUGCAUCAGAGAGUGUGGUGGAAAUUGUGGACCGGUAUGAUGAGACGUGCAUUCCUGGCAAAUAUAGUCAUGAUCACCUUGCCUAUAUCCAAAGUGGUGAAACCAACAAGACCUGUACCAGGAGUGUGAUUGUUCCAAAGCAUAUGAAAGGUCCUGUUUUUCUGUAUUAUCAGCUAGAGAACUUCUAUCAGAACCAUCGACGAUAUGUCAAAAGUCGAGAUGACAAUCAGCUGCAGUCUAAGAAUGCAGGGUAUGGAUCAAAGGAGUGUGAGCCUGAACGUGGUACACCAGAUCGACCCAUUGUACCCUGUGGCCUUAUUGCAUGGAGUUUGUUUAAUGACACAUACAGGUUAUCCGUAAAAAACAAGGUGCUAGAAAUCAACAAAAAGAACAUAGCAUGGAAAAGUGACAAAGAGAGAAAAUUUGGGUCAGAUGUUUAUCCUAAAAAUUUCCAGAGCGGAGGUUUGAUUGGAGGUGCAAAGCUCAACUCAAGCAUACCUUUGAGUGAACAAGAGGAUCUGAUUGUUUGGAUGCGUACUGCGGCAUUGUCAACUUUUAGAAAACUUUAUGGGAGGAUAGAAGAGGACCUUAAAGCUAAUGAAGAAAUCUCUAUUACAAUAGAGAACAACUAUAACACUUACAGCUUUGGAGGAAAAAAGAAGCUGGUUCUUUCCACUACAAGUUGGAUAGGAGGAAAAAACGAUUUCCUGGGCAUAGCAUACCUUACCGUUGGUGGACUGAGCUUGUUCUUGGCAAUAAGCUUUAUCCUUGUGUACGUUUUCAAGCCAAGGCCUCUUGGGGAUACAUCAUAUUUGUCUUGGAACAAGCAUCCGUCAGGACAUGCAAAUUAGGGCCGUUUUCAGAUAUGUUCCGCCUUCGGCUAUAUCUCUUGGAUAAUUUCUGUAUCUUUCUGUUUGAGUGAAUCUACUUGGCAAUUUGGCAUAUAGUUUCUACUUUCUACCAUCAUCCAUAUUUCCUGCUUCAAACAAAAUGCAUUACAUUACAUAUUCGUUAGUAGGAAUGGCAUGAUCGCUUCGAUGGUUUUAGUUCA